AAACUGCUUUCGUAUCACAGCCUCCUUUGAUUCUAUCGUGUUCCCUGCCAUCUGUCUGCUGUAGUUGAGUCAUCACAUUAAUGAAAUUAGUCAAAAUGACGCCUGUGUGUUUCUUGGUGUAAGAAGCUGUUGUCUGAAGGAAGGACAUGAUGGUUAGCGAGUUCAACAGUUCAUAGCUCCACAAACUCUAACACUGGGUGGCUCCAGAAGCGGCAGGUUGCAAACAGUGAUGGAGAAAUUGUCUUAGAUGGCGUAUAAGUUCCCCACGGCUCACCAUUAGGUAGCUGCAUUGCAGGUCUACAACGACCACAUGAUUCCCCAGAAAAGGUGUCGUGUGAUUGCUUCAAUCAGGCUACAAAGAUCGCCCGCAACCGGUACCAUCCCAGGUCUGAUGUCCCCCCACUUCUCUGUUGUUUUGUAUCCGUGGCGUGUGCUCAGCCCUGCACCUUGAGGUGGUGUUUAUGUUAGUCCAAGGAACCAUAAUGUUGUAGCACGGAAUUGUGCAUUGCAGUCGAUGCAUCUCCUUAGCCAUGGCUGCAAUUUGCAAAUCAUCUACUGAUGCUCAGGCUGUCAAACCCACGAUACCUCAAGCGAAAUCAGCGGGCGAUGGGGGGUAGGCACGACGGCGACGGGGGGAGAUGUCCCUAGUUCGGCUCUGGCCGUGGCAGCGGGAGGCUCUAGGAGUUUCUCUUGGGCAUCAGAGUCGAAGAAGACAAAGGCAAAGCUUGAAGGAGACAAAAGGCAAAGCUUGAAUCGAAAAAAGAGAAGUCGAUGACCAAGAUUUAGAGGCCUAUAUAAUUUGAGAAAAUUUGUUGAAGGACAUCAUUAUUUUCUAACGUUUGCCAAAACACACCGUCGUGUUUUUGCUAGGUAGCAUUACAAUUGUGUGACACAUGUGCCAGAGCACACCACCUAUCCAAAAAAGGAAAAAUUGCACUUUUGGCUGAGAUGACCAUGCUAUGACUAAUUUUGAAGAAAGUGUCAAACAUUUUUUUUGAACAGGUAGUGUGUUUUAGUAUGUGUCACAAAAUUAUAAUGGUACAAUCAGACAAUGUGUUUUAGCAAACGACAUAAAAUAAUGGUUUAUCCUGUAGCAAAAAUUCCCCUAAUAAUUUUUCUUUGGAGGCCCAACAAAAUACGGCUUAUGCUAGAUUUUAGCUUCCGGCCCAGUCCCUACUUUAUACAGAUCUGGCCCUUUACGGAGUCAGCUGCUCCUGGAGUUGUUGUAAAGCUCCAUUUUUUUGAGCUGGGAAGGCCAUCUGGUGUCCCUCGCCGCCGCCGGCCGCCGGCCGCCGUCUCCUCUCCCACGCCAUGUCCUCUCCCGGCAGCCGCGUAGCCACCUAUUUCCGCCGCGCGCGCCUCAUCGACGAGCUGCGCCUCAGCCUCCGCUCCCCAUCCUCCUCCCCGCCGCCGCCACCCGACGACCCGGUGGUCGCCUUCUACGCUAUCCGCGCCGCGCCCACGGCGGCGUCGGCUCUCGCAUUCUUCCGCGCCAUCCCCACUCCGGCGCCGCUCCCGCUCUUCCAGGCUCUCGCCGCCCGCCUCGCCAACCCCGCGUCCCUCCCGGACCUCCACUCCCUCCUCGCCUCCUUCCCCCUGCCCCCUCCCCCGCUCCUGCGCCUCCGCCUCCUCGCCGCCGCCGGGGACCACCCGGCCGCCCUCGCCGCCUUCGCCUCCGUCCCGGCCGACCCGCACCGCCCCACCGACGCGCACAACCUCGUCAUCCGCCUCCACGCCGGCGCCGGGAACCACGCCGCCGCCGUCGACGCGUUCGGCGCCAUGGUCCGCGAGGGCGCGCUCCCCAACACGCGCACCUACACCAUCCUCCUCCACCACCUCGCGGCCGCGGGAUUCGUCGACCAGGCGCUCGAGGUGUUCCGGCUCCUGCCGUCGCUGCGCGUGCCACGUAUCCCCCAGCAGUACAACGUGCUCGCCGAGGCGCUCGCGUCGGCCGGCAGGUUCGACCGGCUCCGGUGGCUGGUCCGCGAGAUGGUGGCCGUCGAUGGCAUCAUGCCCGGGCGGCAGAUGCGGGCCGCCAUCGCCGCCAUGAGGAAAGCCGGCCACACGGAGGGCACGGAGGGUUUCUUCGAGGAGCUCUCGCCGAGCCGGUACGCCGUGUGCGACUCCGAGGGCGAGGGAGAUAGCGAGGAGGAAGCGGAGGAUGGUGAUACGGAUCAGUGCGGAGCUAAUAAGGAGACGCAGCAGCUGAAGCCAUGGCUGCACCCACGGGAGCUAGCGAGGGCGCUGGAAGGCUGGCACCCUGAGGACGUGGCGGAGCUGGAGGCGGCCGGGAUUGUCUGGACGCCGCUGCUGGUGAGAAAGCUCCUGAGCAAUUUCAGGAAGGCGACAACGGCGUGGAAGUUCUUCUGCUGGGUGGCAUGCCGCCCAGGCAGCAGCUUUAGGCACGACCUCCACACCGUGGCGAGGAUGAUCGGCAUCUUUGCCUGCGCCGGCAAAAUUGAGCUGGCGGAGGGCCUGCUCGCCAAGGUGCGCACCGACGGUAUCUUCCUCCCGUUCGUCACCGUGCGGCGAAUCAUCAACUUCUAUGGGCACUCCAAGAAGGCCAACGCGGCGGUGCGGGUGUUCCGGGAAGCUGACUCCAUCUGCGGCCCCGUGUCACGGCCCAACCUGGCGCUGCUCUGCUCAUCGCUGCUGUGGGCGUUGCUGAAAUGCCACCAGGGCCGCUACGCCACUGAACUUCUGGAGGAGAUGGUGGCGAUGCGGGGCGUGGUCCCGGACCUGCAGACCAUCUCGGGUAUGAUGGAGCACGUGGCUGGCGCGGGCAGCCUGAAGGGCGUGCACAGGCUUCUCGGGCUGGUGCGGCAGUGUGAGCUGCGCCCCGACGGGCACAUGUAUGUCGUGUUGAUCAGGGCCUACUGCAAGGGAGAGCACGUGGCGCUUGCGGUCAGGCUGUUCGACGAAAUGCGUGGCGCAGGCAUCGCCACGGACUCGCCCACCGUGGCGCUGCUGGUGAAGACCCUGUGGCGGGAGGGGAAGCUACGGGAGGCAGCGCUAGUCCUGGAGAGGUGCGAUGAGAUGGUCGCGGCAUGCGGCGGCAGGGGCCUCCCAGUGGCGUGCCUGGGCCACACCACGAGGGCCGCUGAUCUUAACAAGGUGUAUGGCAUCUACUCUGGCUGCUUCGGGCAACAGCCUGAUGCAGAGAACUUGACGGCGAAUCAAGCCAUUGGUUGAUGCUCCGCUCGACUUGACAAUUCAGAUAUUAGUUGAUCCAAGAGCACGGCAGUUUCUCCAGUACUUCACAAAUGAGUUUGACUUAUUAACCGAUUCCCGGGUUGUAUGGAGCAUUGGAGCCCAUAAAGGGAGAAGUGCCUGGAGAAAAUACAGCUUGCACGUAUGUAUACCCAGGAUUCUCAUUUGUGGCUGACCCAAACACCUAGUUUUUCUUUUCUUUAUGGUGGAGAUUUGCACACGGAAGAGAGUGAUGCGCCCAAUUUGGUCUCCACCAGGAGUGCCCGCCACCAACACCAGUGGUAGCAUUCGUAAUGAGUGGUAGAACCUCAUCGGUAUGCUCAAAGAUGUGCCUGCUAAAUAUUAUUAUCUCCUACACUGGCCAUGCAUGAUUGUGUUCUACUAUUCAAGGAAUUUAUGGAUCGUGUAUCAGUAGCUGGCCCUAAGGUUUCGUAUGAUUUUGAAGGUGUCGCCGUGGUAGCAUUCAUAAUGAUUGGGCAGAUAAGCACUAGUGUUUUGUGGACUGUGGGAAGUCAAGGAGCAGAAUGUUAUCAAGGAAGAACGACCAUACAAUCAUGCCAACUAUAUGGUCUAAUUGCGGUGGUACAGACGGUCGAGACACAUCUGUCUCUGUAGGCCGAGGAUAAGUAAUGGUCACAAGGAUGAGGGCUUCUUUGCGUGCUUCUCAGCUCUGAUAUGCCCCCAGGGCUCAUUUGAUACACUCAGUGACCGACAAACUCACUAUCCUGGCAAAGGAGGCAACUUCUCAAAAGGGCUGCUCCAGAGGCAAAUGUAUUGCUUUCAUUGAGCGAGUCACUAGAUCAUGCGUCUAGCAUGCAUCUAGCUUGUUGGGGAACUUGGCGGAUCAUUACUUUGCGACAUUGCUGCUUCAGUUCCAUGUUCAUCGACAACAGCAAUAGUUGCAGCUAAGCCUGAGGUGGAGCACCAGAGGGAUAAGUAGAAUGGGAUAAGUUAUUCCAUUGUUCCUGAUCAUGAGACGGGAAGGCGGACUUGAAGCCAGGUUGGCCACACUCAAGUAGACAUCACAAUCUGUUUGUGGUAACCACCAGGCAAGAGAAAGAGAGUCAGACUGGGUCCAAGAUGAAAACUGGUCGGUUAGUUGUUUUGAAUUGUGGUUUCGGUGCUCAUGUUGGAUAUUCCCAUGACACCUCCUUCGGUUUUAUCGGCCUGCUGUCUGCCUGUGCUGUAAUUGAGGUAUUGCAUAAAUGAUUCCUGGACUAUUAUUUUUCUGCUUA